ACCAAGAAGCCGUUACGCCAAUAAAGAAAUGGGUUUUCUCCUUUUCUCCUCCCUGGGGCAUUUUUUUCCUUCAAAAAUUUGAAUCAGGUUGCCCUUCUGAUUCAAUUCGAUCAUCAUUUUCUUGGGGAUUAGGGAGGGAGAGUUACCGUUUCUUGGUUGUCAUCAUUUUUUCUUCAAAAAUAUCAUUUGAUUAGGAUCUUUUUUCUUCUUCUUCUUCUCCUUCUUGUAGUUGUUGUUGUCCUAGUCAGAUUGUUGUUGUAUCAGAUGUGUGAUAGGCAUUUUCUGUCUCAUCUCUCCUUUUUUCAGGUGUUGUAGGUUGUAGAGUGGUGGUUGCUAUGGCUGAGGGUGGGGGGGUAUCAUCACAAGUUGAUAUAGCUUCUUUGAAAGAAACACUUUGUGCACAGCAAAAGCUUCUCCAGAGUCUUUACGGCGAAUUGGAUGUGGAAAGGGAAGCGUCGGCUAGCGCAGCUAGCGAGGCGUUGUCGAUGAUAUUGCGUCUCCAGGGGGAGAAGGCGACGGUGCAGAUGGAGGCGGAGCAAUACAAGAGGUUGGCGGAGGAAAAGAUGUGCCAUGCCGAGGAAGCGUUGGCGAUUUUUGAAGACCUUAUCUUUCAGAAGGAAAUGGAGAUAGCUGCACUAGAUUAUCAGGUGCAGUCUUACAAGUACAAGCUGAUGAGCUUGGGCUGUGCUGAUCCUGGGGGCACCACCGAGAUCAAAUUCCCCGAGCAUUUGUUGCAGUUGAACGAGAGUGUAAUGGGAGAUGCGGGUCUUCAGAGCCUCUCGAGGAGGAACUCUUUUCCCGUGUUUCCUCUCAAGUUAAGGAGGAGUGCUAAUGGAAGAGAGAACUCUCCUAGCCCCGAGGUUGAGUUCGGCUCAAAGUUAGUCGAUGAGCGUGAGCAGAUAUGCCACGAGAUGAUGAUGAUGAACGAACCCCCUCAUAGUUCUUCAGAUUAUGUGGAGAAAAAAACCGAGACCUAUGCUGCCGGGGGCAUCACUUCAUACUGGGAACAGAUUAGAAAAUUAGACGAACGAGUGAAAUUGAUAGCGGGAGUUGGAGUUGGAGUUGGAGCUGGAGCGGGACCAUCAAUUCACACGAAUUUUAGGCGUGAAACGAGGUCUCCCUCACCGUUCUCCUCUCUAAGAGGCUCUACUUGUGAUCUAACAAGAUUAGGGGGCGGAGGAGGAGGCGAUAUGGAUCGAAGUAUUAAGUAUCCGGGAAGUACUUCCGAAAAUGAAAACAAUACAGAUUUCCCUCGCUCCCCGAAUGUCCUUGAUGUUUUUGAAGUUCCUCAAACCGACGAUGAAAUCCCAAUGCCGCCUAUAAGAAACGAGGGAAAGCUUACUUUGCAGCAGGAUUGCAAUACGAGGCUUGAAAAACCGGAUUCUCUCCCAAAGGACUCCUUAAAUUUAUCCGAGAAAGAUAAAAGGGAUUUGCUCAAGAGACUGCUCGCAUUUCCUCCUCGUCGUCAAGACAACAAUGCACGAAGAUUCAGCGAAGGAGGGUCAACAUCUGUUCUUAACAUAAAUUUCGAAAACGUUCAUCAGCCCACAACAUCAAGCGGUAACGCUCACGAUUCACAAACGCACGAGCCGCUUCCUCAGCCCGAUAGGCCAUCUGAGAUAAUCGAGGCCGAGAGAGAAUCAUCACCACCACCACCCUCCUCCUCCUCCUCCUCCUCCUCCUCCCCCUCGUCCCCCAAUAGGGAAGUAGAAUUGCUCAACUUGUUACAUGAGAUCAAAGCACAACUUAAUUCGUUGCACACCGAGGUUACUGAUUUGAAAACCAACAAGUCUUCUUCAUCUGAAGCCAACGAGCUAUCCCUAGCUUCUCUCAAGGAGGCAAUGGUUUACUUUUGGCUCUGAUAUAGUGAGCUAAAACCGCCCACCAAAGCAGAUGGAUCGCUGGAAAAGCCAUAGAAACGGGUUGCUGGUUAUUGAGGUUGCAAUCAUGUAUGUUCAUUACAAUGACUCUCUUCUCUCUAUUAAUAGGGGCAGGAUGUAUAUGAUGUAAAGCCUGUGUGCCCAAUUUUUUUUUUUUUUUUUUUUUUUUUUU